AUGUUUUCUGGCUCUGGAAAUGACCGCUUCAACGGCAUCUGGUCGGCAACAUCAGCUAUCACCGGAGGAGGUUACGGUCGAGCCAACAGUGAUUACAGUGGUAAAACAAAUACAGGGUGCACCAUAGAUGAGAAUGAGUUGACUAUCGACUGCUCCUCAGCAACAACUGUAUUUGUCAAGAAUUACAACUUUGAGAAUCUGACUUCUUCCACAUUUUCUGAGGAUGUUACAGAAAUUACUAUCCUGGGAGGAACUUUACAGAGAGUUGCUGCUGACACCUUCCACAAUCUCACCAAGUUAACAUCACUCACCAUACACAAUACACCUAUCACAACAUUUCCUGAUGUGUCAAUGUGUACCACCUUGGAGAAACUAGAUGUGACAAGGAAUAGCAUUAACUUUGACGUCUACACCUAUUCAACACUGACGUUUCCAGCUUCGCUCAAGCAAGUGAGUGUGAUGGAGAACAACAUAGACUGGGUUCCUCCAGGUCUUUUCUCGGGAACAAACAUUGAAUAUCUGGGGCUGAGUAUGAAUCAGAUCACUUCUUUCCCAUCGGACUCUCUCAAGAGUAUGUCCAACCUCACGUUCCUGUCUCUAGAUGACAAUCAAAUCACUUCAGUCUCCAAGCGGAACCUUGCGGUCUUCAAAGACAGUCUCAUACACCUGAACCUGAGUAACAAUGCAAUCACCUAUCUGGCUCCAAGGGCACUUACUCAGCUCACGCAGCUCAAGAUCAUAGAGCUUCAUCAGAACUCCCUGUCUUCCAUCCAGCCGAAGAUGUUUGAUGAUAUGACGUACCUACUUCAUAUUGAUUUGAACAACAAUGAGCUCGCAUCCCUGGGAAGUAACUCAUUCACCAACUUGCUAUCCUUAAGAACACUACGUGUUCAUUCUCAGAAGUCCGGCUUUGAGAUGACCACCAUCGCCCACGAUGCAUUUCAAGGGAUCAACGGCAACCUGACAACACUGUUCAUCAGUGACAACCGCCUAGCCAACUUUCCGCAUGCUGCCCUCUCUAGGGAGGUGUAUGAAAGUCUCCUGUAUCUGCAUGCUGAUAGUAACUCCAUCACGAACAUAACCUUGUAUUCCGAUGAUGCGUAUGACGGCGGAACGUAUGAGAUUUACCUGAGACUGAAAGAUUCCCACAUCCCUUUCGAAACCCUGCCUUAUGUUGAUGAACUGUACCUUAGCAGUAAUGCCAUCAUUGGAUUGAAUGAAGGGGACUUAUGCGGGAUGCAAUAUAUCACCCUUCUAGAACUAAAGUCCAACAGCAUGGAUGAGACUACAUUGGACCCACACACGUUUGAUUGCCUCGAACAACUUCAAACUUUGAAUCUUGAUUCAAAUAACUUCAACUAUGUUCCCGAGGCUGUGCAGUACCAGGAGAGACUCAUGUCUAUAUCCUCUCUGUAUCUCUCCAGCAAUCAGAUCACAUUUCUCUUAGACGGUGUUUUCUUCAACCUGACCACGCUCAGCACAUUGACUUUGAACUCUAAUAGCAUUAUCUCUAUAGAGAAUGGUGCUUUUCCAGAUAACAUACAAUCCUUAUCUAUGAGUAGCAAUGAAUUUCAUUUCCUACAUGAGAACAUGUUUACCAACCAUUCCCAGCUUGGUACCCUUUCUCUGGCUUCAAACAACAUUGAUAAGAUACCGGAGACAGCCUUUGAUGGGUGCACCAGUCUCACAAGUCUGGAUCUGAGUAAUAACAAGAUCGGUCGUCUCCUGGUCACCCACUUCGAAGACUGCCCUCUGUCUUCCCAAAUCAAUCUCCAAAACAACGAGAUAGCGUACAUCGAAGAUGGAACGUUCGCGCACGUGACAAGCACGGGUUAUUUCUAUCUCCAGAACAACGAGCUCACCGAUUUACCGAUGGGUGGGACCUUUGUGAACAAGACGAUGAGCUACCUCUAUUUAAACGAUAACCGAAUCACAAGAGUGAAAACUAGAACAUUCUGGAAUUUGGCGACAUCAUAUUUCUAUCUUAAUGAUAAUGACAUCAAUACGAUAGAAACAAGAGCCUUCGAAGGAGUGAGCAGCAGCUCUUUAACCAUUGCUGACAAUCCACUGAAGCACCUCGAAGCACAAUCUUUCAUGGACACUUCGGCUACUGACCUGUAUCUAAACAGUAUGCAGCUUACAUCACUCCCAACGCAUGUCUUCUAUGGCCUGAGUGUUUCCCGCUGGUUUUACUUGAAUGACAAUCAGAUCAGUUUCAUCGGUGAUGAAGCAUUCUACGAUGUCACUGGCUCCUAUGAUCUGUAUCUUCAAGAUAAUGUGAUUGAUACUAUAGAAGGGAAGAUGUUUGGAGGAACAAGUACGGCAGAUAAGAUAUAUCUGAAUGAUAACCUGAUUGCAUCUCUUCCUACUAAUGUCUUUGAAGGCGUCUCUGCCAGUAGGAUCUACUUGACCAACAACAAGCUGACGGCCUUUCCAGCCGCGGCUCUCUCAACACAGUCUAUGUAUUGGCUUGAUCUCUCCUACAACCUAAUCAGUACUAUACCGCCGAGCGCUUUUACAUCCCUCACCAGUACCCAAUAUGUCUACCUCGAUAACAACCAGAUUCUUGAGAUCGGAUCCACAUUACUGAGUCCCUUAACCAAUCUCAAAGAAUUAAACUUGAUUAACAACAACAUUUCAUCAGUGGGAGAUGGAGCUUUUGAUGGGCUGGAUAACCUACUCUACAUCUACCUGACUAACAACCGGAUUGAACACUUCCCAGCCUUUAGUGCUCUAGAAGAUCUCAGAACCAUAUCAUUGUCUGGCAAUCAGAUCAGGACGCUGGGAGAGAAUGCCUUCAGCCAGCUUGAGAGUGUAUCGUCAGUGGACCUUUCAGACAACAACCUAGCUUGCAGCUGUAACAUCUAUCUCUCCGUAUACGACAUCAAAGAUCAAGUGACCGGGGGAGAAUGUUCCACACCGGACAGUCUGACCGGUACACUCCUAGCGUCAUCGCAGUCCGCAUCGCCAGACUACUUUCUGAAUCAAGAGAACUACUUGUUCUACUGCACUCCCUCUGAGAUCAAUGUGACCGCUCCAGCGUUUGAGCAGAUCUUGGUUGAGUGGUUGGCACCUGACGUCCUGUACCCACCUUACAUGAACCAAACUGUGUUUUCUAAUAGCAUAGACUGGUCCUAUGUCAUCAACUGCACCAGUGCCAAUGCCCCUACCAUCACAGGCCUUAUCGGCAACACCACGGAUCUUAGCAUCCUCUUUGAGUCUGACGACGGUGUCCAGUACGGAACAGACUACAUCUGUACCAUCAGACUAACAUAUUUAGGCAAUACCAGUGUGGAGGGGCGGAGCAUUCCGAUAACAACGCUAGAAAAUGUUGCUUCAACCAACCUCACCAAGUCGGAAGGAUUGGAUAUUUCACUGCAGAUCCUCUACUAUGACUUUAGUGCCGCUGAAGAGGAUUUUGAUUCCUCCACCAAAAUCUUGAAGACGACGCCCACCUAUGUUGACAGCCCUUUUCCUGCUUGGCUGCGAGAAUCGGACGACCCGACCCUUGACACCUUCUCAGACUGGUUCAGGAAUGUGGAUAAUAACUACGUGUUUGAGACCAACAUUGUCAUCCCCUGGCUGAAUACAUCGUCUAUAUAUGACCCAAUUAAUAGGUACUGGUCAGAAUCCUAUUUUCCUCUGGAUGGUCUAGGCUAUGCUGCAGAAGACCAGAGAGACUGUUCCUACGUCCUUCGUAACUUUGGGUUCACAAGUGCGAUCCGAACCGGGAUGCAUUUCAACGGCAGCGAGGAGAUCGCGGUUGGAGGAGGAGAAGAGAUCUUUGUUUACGUCAAUAAGAUACUAGUCUUACAAGCCCAGAGAGAAUACCAAUCGGUUACUACAUGUAAGAAGGUCAGCUUGGCUAAUGCCUACGGAGGAGGCACAAUCACACCACAGGAGGGCAGUAUUGUGAAUGGAGAAUGUGUUAUCACCGGGAGCGUUCCUGCAGAAGCGGUUACACUCGACCUUGUGGUCGGUGAUGCGUAUAGAUUUGAUAUCUUCCAUACGGAGAGACAGAUGUGUGCUUCAGAUUUCUUCCUAGAGCUGAAGAGUUUCAACGUGAUCGGAGAAGAUGAGAGAAUCAUUGAUCAUUCCAUUCAUAUCAAUGAGGGUUUGGACAUCAAUGGCAUUGUGCAAACUCUGUCAGUAGCAGAUUAUUUCUCUACUGGCCCCAACUAUAAUGUUUCUAUCAUUAGUGGUAACGAGGCUAGACACUUUACCAUAAAGAACUACACGGCAGAGAACAUUAAUGCUGGGAUCAUCCCCUCCACUGUGGAACCCACCCCUACCUACACCAUUGAUGGAACGUCCUUUGUCACCUGCUCUUUCGAUCCUGUGCAAAUCGCUGAGCCUGAUGAGACAGGCAUCCAGGAGUAUGACGUCUACACAGAUCAAGCUCUACUCACCAUCGACGUUAAAGUGGACUAUGAGGUCGCCUACGACUACCUUCUCAUCAUCAACGUAGAAGACAAUAACUCAUCUCCACCUCGUUCAGGAGAGUUAGCGGUUCAGAUAUAUGUUGAUGAUAUCAAUGAUAACUGCCCCAUCUUCAGCGGUGACGACAGUUUCCAAUUCUUCCCUCUCCCCGUUCUGAACAACGCUGAGCUGGCGGUCGUCAAUGCCAGUGACCAAGAUUCAGGAGUUAAUGCAGAGCUGACUUACCUCUCUCAAGCUCUCUCAGAAGAACGUAUCGGGAACUCGUCCUUCUUCUUGGUUGAGAUGAUCGUGGCUGUAGUAGAUGCAGGGGUACCAGUCAGAGGUGAUGUAGCUAAUGUCAAUCUAACCAUCAGUGAUACGUGUCUGUAUGACGUCUUGGAACAACCCAUUGAAACCAUCAUCUAUACCAACGAGACGACGGGAGGACUAUUUCUUAGAGUGCCCAAGUAUUACCUCUACGAGUAUGACUGCAGGGAUGCACGAGGGAUGGCUAAUGGUGUGAUCCAAGAAGCCCAGCUCUCGUCUUCUAGUGAGAUGAAUCAGAAGUAUGAUGCUGACAGGGCAAGGCUCAACUUGAAACCAGAUCCAGAUAUCCCUGCUGGAUCAGGAUGGAUACCAGCCUCAUCCAAUACAUAUCAGUGGAUCCAGGUAGACAUGGAGGAAGUAACCAUCUUCUCUGAAGUCUUAACCCAGGGUAGCAAUGACAUGGAAUACUGGGUGGAAACAUUCCAGGUUGGCUUCCGUAAUGAUACCUCCAGCUGGUCUUACAUCUUGGAGAAUGGGAGUGCUAAGGUGGAGAAUGGGAGUGCGAAGACUUUCACAGGGAACUCUGAUCAGAACACCGUAAAGAGGAACAUCUUUGAUCAAGUCUACGCUCGUUAUAUCCGAAUCUACCCUCUGACAUGGAAUGAUGAAAUUGCUCUCAGGUUCGAAUUAUUAGGAUGCACCACAGAGAGAAGGUUUAGACAUUUAUCGCAGUGUGAGCGAUGUGAGACAACCAAUUACUGUAUAGGGGAUGGCCUUCAGCGCCCCUGUGGUCGAUGCGACCCUCCAUCAGACGACUGCGAUCGAUCACCUACUGAACAUUCAUUUGGUCAUGCGUCAGAGUGUACUACAUGCCCUAUUGGAUGGCUCUGUGAGGACGGGUAUGCUACUCAUUGCCCUACCUACACCUAUGCUACAUGUAACACAACGUAUUGUCCUAGUGAGUGUACAACCUGCGAGGCAGGAUCAGCCUGUUUUGAUGGUAUGAAAUCCAUCUGUCCAACUGGAAAAUUCUCACAGGGCUACGAUACAGAGUUUUGUAAAGCGUGUGCUCCCGGCUCCUUCAACAACGAGACCGAGCAGUCUGAGUGCGCGUGCUGUGACAGCGGGUUCGGUAGCACGGAAGGCAAGACGGAGUGCGCCCCCUGUGAGAUCAGUGAAUAUUCAGAAGGGUCAUGUGACCUAUGCAAGACGUGUCUAUCGGAGGCUGAUUGUCCAUGUUUCACGGAGCCUGGACCCUGUACGGAGGGUGUGGUCUGUGUGAAUACCGGAGGAGCAGGAACAUACAGGUGCCUGGACUGCCCUAAGGGAUACACCGGCAGUGGAGAUAAUUGUGUGGAUAUAAAUGAGUGUGAAGAAGCUAAUCCAUGUUUCAAUACCAGCGCCUGUGUGAACUUUGAACCUGGUUUUGAAUGUGGAGCCUGCCCUCUUGGUUACGAGGGUGAAACACCUCAUGGGAUUGGACUGGACUACGCCAAUGCUAAUACUCAGGUGUGUUCUGAUGUAGACGAAUGCGCUGUAGACAACGGAGGCUGUGAUCCUGAUGUGGAAUGCAUUAAUACAGUGGGGAGUUAUUCUUGUGGUACGUGUCCACCUGGCUAUCUUGGAAACACUGUCGUUGGUUGUACACCAGGAGACUACUGUGCUUUGAGUUUGGAUAAUUGCCAUGACAACGCAACCUGCACGUCAACAGGAGCAGGUACAUUUACUUGUGAGUGCAAUGAUGGUCACGCUGGUAACGGUGAGUUCUGUGGAGUGGAUAUCGACAUGGAUGGCCGACCUGUGGUGUCGCUUGAAUGCAGUGAUGGUUCAAGCAACGAAUGCAAGGCAGAUAAUUGUGAGUUUGUACCGAACAGCGGGCAGGAAGAUGUCGACGGUGAUCAGAUCGGAGAUGACUGUGAUAGGGAUGAUGAUAAUGAUAACAUAUAUGAUCAAGAGGAUAACUGUCAGUAUGUAUCCAAUCAGGAUCAAGAUGAUACAGAUGGCGACGGCUAUGGUGAUGAUUGUGAUGUCUGCCCUUCGACCUAUGACCCGGACCAGGUCGAUACCGAUGGUGACGGAGAGGGCGAUGAGUGUGAUGAUGAUGACGAUGGAGAUGGAAUUUUAGACGUCAACGAUAACUGCCCUCUGUACAACAGCACUGAUGAGACCGAUUCCGAUGGUGACGGAGUUGGAGACGUCUGUGACAACUGCCCAGAUAACUCAAAUUCGGCGCAGACCGACACGGAUCAAAAUGGCUUCGGAGAUACUUGUGAUGAUUAUGAUGGUACCAAUAUAGACCGUGAUGGCGAUGGGAUUAUUGAUAUUGCUGAUAAUUGCUUGGUUAUACCGAAUGCCGACCAAACAGAUACAGAUAGCGAUGGAAUCGGUGAUGAAUGUGAUGAUGAUAAAGAUGGCGACGGAGUUCCAAACGGUUCUGACAACUGCCCUCUGUAUUCCAAUGCUGGACAGGCUGAUGAUGAUGGUAACCUCAUUGGAGAUGUAUGUGAGACAGACUAUGAUGGUGAUGGUGUAAUAGAUGACAAUGACAACUGCCCCAAGAGUAAUCGCUACCACACAACGAACUUUGACCCCUACAUCUCGGUCAACCUGGAGGCAGUUGAUGAUCCACCGUCUUGGUAUUUAACAGAUUCGGGCAAGGAGGUACAUCUCUUCAACUCCUCCUCCAUCUCCUCCCCCGUGAUGCUAAUUGGCUCCGACACCCUCGGACCGGUCGACUUCCGGGUCACCAUGUACGUGAACGGAGAUGAGGGCAGGAACUACAUGGGCUUGGUCUUUGGCUACCAGAGCAAUAGGAAAUUCUACGUAGCAAUGUGGAAACACAUCAACCUCAAUAAGGAAACGCAGUAUGCGGGUAUCAAGGGAUUGCAGAUCAAGAAGGUUCAUUCAACAACGGGACCUGGUACGACUCUAGCCAAUGCUCUGUGGCAUUCUUAUACAACAUCCAACGAAGUGGAGUUGAUGUGGCACGACCCGUUAAUGCAGGGAUGGCAACAUAGGACGGCUUACCUAUGGAGACUCACUUAUAGACCAUCUAUUGGCAUUAUUAGGGUCACCAUCAAGUCUGGCGACGUGACCUUGACAGAUACUGGUGACCUCUAUGACACAACCUUCCUAGGAGGUCGUCUUGGAGUCUUUGUGUACGAUCAGCCCGAUGUCAUCUUCUCCCAUAUGAAGUAUGAUUGUGCAGAUAGGUUGAAUCAAGCUCUUCAGUUUGAUGGCUCCGAUGAUUACGUCAUACUGCCUGGUAUACAAACCCUAGACAUCGAUGAGAGUUUUACAUUGGAAGCCUGGUGCUACCUGGAGGCCGGCUACCCAAGCACCAAGCUACCGGUGUUUGGUGCAGCAGAUAACAGUGUGUAUCUUAUCAUUGAAGAUGGCUAUGUCUAUGGGAAGUAUGACAGCUUCUUUGUGAAUGCCACAAGCAGUCCGCUGGUAGAAGAUGCCUGGAACCAUGUAGCUCUCAGACUAGAUGCGCAAGACUGCCUCUUAUCUGUGUUUGUGAAUGGAACAUUAGAAGGUGAAACCACCAGUGUGCCAGCUCUCACAUGGGACUCUGAUGUUGAUUUGUAUCUUGGAGCUGAUAACAGCAGUAACCUAUUCAAAGGAACAAUGGAUGAGGUCAGAGUCUGGGGUCUAGCUCUUCUGGACUCUGAGAUCGAGGAACACAUGCAGCUUGCUGGGCUGGACUGGCAGAAACACAAGAAGCUGCUUGAUGGGCAUUAUACCAUGGAUAGCGAGAGUGACGGUUCUACCAUGCUCGUUGACGAUUCCCUCUAUGACAACCAUGGUUUGAUCGUAGGAGAGGCAGCAUUUGUUCCAAGUACUCUGGAUGCUGGCAGGUUUGAGGUCACGUACCCAGAUUCAAGUCGGAGAAGAAGAAGGAGAAGCGUUGAUACGCAUACAGAGUUAUGAUCAAAACCCAAGUGUAAAGAAUUGACUGGAGAACACAGCUUAAAGGGAGUGUAGCUUGGCAAAUACUGGUUAACGCCAUCUACGUCAUCUUUUUGACAACUGCACGAAUGGAGUUGAAGAAGACGGAGAAGCAUUGAUACGCAUACAGAGUUAUGAUCAAAACUCAAGUUUAAAGAAUUGACUAGAGAAUGCAGCUUAAAGGGAGUGUAGCUUGGCAAAUAAUGGUUAAUGCAUCUACGUCUUCCUUUGGACAACUGCACGUAAACAAAUGGACUUGAUUAACGGUAGUCAGCGAUUUAAUCUCUACAUGGUCAGCGUUCGCGAAACAGACCAAAGUUCUCCUCACGCUUGAUGCACAUGAAUACUGCGGUCGUGUUGUCCGUAGGCAUAUUAUACCCGAUGGUUCAGAGUCAGGCCACGGGAAACCCACGUAGUCUCGUCAUGCUACACCCCCUUUAAGUAACAAGCAAUAUUAAGUAUGAAGACAGGGGAUGCACUGUGUGUAUCCUGUAUGCUGGAUGCCAGAAGGUUUUAAGUGAGCUAUCCUGAACUUGAGGGGGAAGAGGAGAAGGAGAAAUGUUAUUUAUGAAAAUUAUGAUUACUAUUAAAAUAUAAAUCAACUGUUCCAAGAACAUAGAACUUUGUGAUUGAGCCAAAGAUAUAUGUAUUGAGGCUUACACCAGAAACAACAUUCCGUAUAAGCGUUGGUGAGGCAGUGUUUAAUCCAAGCACUCUUGAUGCUGGCAGGCUUGGAAGUUUUUUAUCCAGAUUUGUGACAGGAAAGGAGGAGAAGAAGUGUGGAUACGCAUACUUAAAUAUGAUUACCUGCCAAAGAAAACAGGACUGCAUGUAUUUCCAAAGAUAUGUAUCGAGCGAUACCUAGUAAGCAAUAAGCUCCAAAAGACGCCCCCCCCCCCCCUCCACACCCUUAAAUAAGUUUUUGUGCCGGGGGCUCCUAGCCUAAUAUCGUUUAGUAGGUCCUGAGGGAGCCCUGUACCAAAAAUGGUGCUUUUAUCCGACAAGUAACGAUAAUUUCACUAAGCCACCUGACUAUUGGAGAGGCGUCAUUCAUCCACAAUGCUACCUGGUUCCAUAGAGGUGUCGUGGUCGAGUGGAUACGUCACCAGAUUGUGGAUCACAAGGUCAGGGGUUCGAGUCCAGCCGUGGCACUAAUGUCAUUUGGCAAGACGUUGAUCUACAUUUGCCACGCUCGACCCAGGCGAGGUAAAUGGAUACCUAGCGGGAAUUAAUUCCUUGAAAUGCUAGAGCGCUGUAAUGGCAGCCAUGCUAAAGCCAGGGUAAUAAUUGAAGUGCAUAGAGACGUUAUAAUGUGAUAUGUGCUAUAAAAGAACCAAAUAUUAUAAUUUAUUAUCAUUAUGAUUAUUUUCUAUCAUACAUUUAUAAGUUAAUGAAAAGUAGUUGCUUGAGUACCGAGUGGUGUGGCAUGCAAGAAUAACUGAAGAUCUAGGCCCUAUUUCACAAAAGUUGUCAACAGUUAGAAAUGACAGUUUUUGUUAUAACCUAGUAAAAUCCUUGCUUCUGAUUGAUUAUCAGCAGAUUUGUCACUGAUUUUUAUCAUUUUGUCAAUGUAAAAAUACUUUGUGAAACAGGUCCCCAUACAUAUAUUCACGGGACCAAACUUUAAGCAGAAAUGUAAUAUCCUGGCUAUUGUGCCUUCUUCAAAUAUUUGUAUGAUAUAUAUUUGUAAUUUAUGCAGUGAAUCAAAGCCGUCCUCUUCAUACCGUCCAUGUGUAACCUGCUCAGUUAGGUGUCAUCUAUCUGAAGAGAUAUUUUUGUAUUUUUUGUGUUUGUUGUGGUUAUAUAUUUUUUCAUUCUACCUUUUAAAAUUUACAGUAAGGAUACUUGUAUACUGAAAAACAGGAAGCUUGUUUUAGGUUUACAUCGGGUCUAAGGGGAAUCGUUAGCUGACUAAAACAGACAAAACAGAGCCUCCCAGGGGGUCCGGGUUGACAAACCCUGUGGUCCUGGGUGGGGGCGUUUCACAAAACUUGUCAUCAAUGACAAAUGACAGUUGUUGUUAUAAGCUACUGAAAUCCUUGCUUCU